AGUAGGGACGGCGCGGCGGCGGUAACGGAGUUGAUAAGGGGAAAAUGGAGGCCACGACGUUCGGUUCUUCGCAGUUUACCACCGUCUCUGGUUCGCUCGGCUCACGGAGGUGGCCACUGAAAUUAAACAGAAAUAUCAUCAGUUUUAAAUCUCCGACAAAAAUUUCUGUCCGUGCCUCCGCUAUUAGAGGCGAUGAUUCCGCUGUGACUCUGCUUGAUUAUGGUGCCGGUAAUGUUCAAAGUAUUAGAAAUGCAAUCCGUUACCUUGGUCUCGAUAUCAAAGAUGUUCAAACACCAGAGGACAUUCUCAAUGCGGAACGCCUUAUUUUUCCUGGGGUUGGAGCAUUUGCUGCAAUGAUGGACGUGUUAAACAAUAACGGGAUGGCUGAAGCACUUCGCACUUACAUCGAGAAUGAUCGCCCAUUUUUAGGCAUUUGCCUUGGUAUGCAGCUACUAUUCGAGUCAAGUGAGGAAAAAGGGCAAGUGAGAGGUCUUGGUUUGAUUCCUGGGGUGGUUGGACGUUUUGAUUCUUCAAAUGGUUGCAGAGUUCCUCACAUUGGCUGGAAUGCUCUGCAAAUUAAGCAAGAUUCGGUUAUUUUAGAUGAUAUCGCGGACCGCCAUGUAUAUUUUGUCCAUUCAUACCGUGCUGUUCCAUCAGAAGAAAAUGAAGAGUGGGUUUCAUCCACAUGUAACUACGGGAUUGACUUCAUAUCAUCCAUUAGAAGGGGAAAUGUACAUGCUGUUCAAUUUCACCCAGAGAAGAGUGGAGAUGUUGGUCUUUCGAUACUGCGGAAGUUCUUGUUACCAAGUUCCCAGACUAAGAAGCCAUUUCAAGGGAAGGCUACAAAGCUUGCCAAGAGGGUAAUUGCUUGUCUUGAUGUGAGAACAAAUGAUAAUGGCGAUCUUGUUGUAACCAAAGGAGAUCAGUAUGAUGUGAGAGAGCAGACAAAAGAGAAUGAGGUGAGGAACCUGGGUAAGCCAGUUGAACUUGCUGGACAGUACUACAAAGACGGAGCUGACGAGAUUAGCUUUUUGAAUAUUACUGGUUUUCGUGAUUUCCCUUUGGGUGAUUUGCCAAUGUUGGAGAUAUUGAGGCGCACAUCAGAGAAUGUUUUUGUACCACUAACAGUUGGUGGUGGUAUCAGAGAUUUCACUGAUGGAAAUGGCAGGUAUUAUUCUAGUUUGGAAGUUGCUUCAGAAUAUUUCAGAUCUGGUGCCGAUAAGAUUUCCAUUGGGAGUGAUGCUGUUUAUGCAGCCGAAGAGUAUCUAAAGACAGGAAUAAAAACCGGAAAUAGCAGCUUAGAACAAAUUUCCAGAGUCUAUGGGAAUCAGGCGGUGGUUGUCAGCAUUGAUCCUCGUAGACAAUAUCUGACCAGUCCUUAUGAGGUUGGAUUCAAGUCUGUUAAAGUAAGAAACUUGGGACCAAAUGGUGAAGAGUAUGCGUGGUAUCAGUGCACAGUGAAGGGUGGACGAGAGGGUCGUCCUAUUGGUGCUUACGAGCUUGCUAAAGCCGUUGAAGAACUGGGAGCUGGAGAAAUCUUGCUGAACUGCAUCGACUGUGAUGGUCAAGGAAAAGGGUUCGAUAUAGAUCUGAUAAAGCUGAUCUCGGAUGCUGUGAGUAUUCCUGUUAUCGCAAGUAGUGGUGCAGGAACGGUUGAACACUUCUCCGAGGUUUUCUCCCAAACGAAUGCUUCCGCAGCUCUUGCUGCUGGCAUUUUCCACCGGAAAGAGGUACCCAUUCAAUCCGUAAAAGAUCACUUGUUAAAGGAAGACAUCGAAGUGAGGAUGUAACACUAUUUUACCUUUGUGAAUCCCUUUUGGAACCAAAUGGGACGUUGUAACCACUGUGAUCAUGUGUCAUAAGUAACAUUCAACCUCUUUCCUUUGCGAAAACCGAAAACCGGUAAAGUCUCGUUCGUGUUUUAUGUAUGAUAACAUUAACAAAUUCUCUAAAUUAGAGAAAAUGUAGAUUUUGGUGAUA